AUGUUACUUGAUAUUCAUGCGCUGAAAACGUCUAUAUUAGAAAUGCCAACUAUGGGAAUGGAAAAUCCAGCGCCACCACCAACAACGUUUACCAAAAUUGUAAAUAAAGGAAUUGGUAAAAUUGAAGCUAUAUUAAAAAUGAUUCUUACACCACAUGAUCCUCCUGAAGGAUUAUCCGAAAAUUAUAUUUUAUUAAUUGGUGACAAGAACAUUAAUAAUUUCCAAAAAAUAUUAGAACUUAAGGGAUUAAGGAGAAAUGAACAACAACAGUUGAUAGAACAAUUUCAACAACGGGUAGCAGAUGAUACAACAUUAUCCGAAAAUUCAAAUAUAUUAUCAUCAAUCAACAUAUCACAAUCUAUCGCACCAUCGUUACCUUCAUCAUUUCCCACGUUGUUUACCAAUCCCUCACCAUCGUCAAACGCGAAUUAUCAAUCGUCACAAACUAUUGGUGGUUCGAAUUCCGAUAAAAGUGCCGCUAAUAAAUUUGAAAGUGUAAGAAAAAUCAUGACCGUUAGUUGGCGCAGAAAUGAUUCUUCUAAUAAAAAGGAAGAUGAAAAAUGA